AUGCGGUUACGCAAUAACAAGCCCAUGCGCUUCGCCGACCCGAUCCCGUGGAACUUCGGCGUGUUCCCGCAAACCUGGGCCGAUUCGUCCACGCGCUGCCCGGAAUUCGGGAACCUACCCUUAGACGACAGUCCCGUGGAGUUAAUCGACAUAGGUAGCCAGGUCCGGCAGUUAGGCGAGGCGUACGCGGUCGAGCCGCUAGCGGCGUUUGUGCUGGUCGAUCCGCGCGGGUUCCAGCUUUCGUGGAAGGUGGUGGGGAUUGCGACGGACGACCCGUCGGGGUUUCAGGACCUGAGCGACGAGAACGUGGCGGGGAUCGUGCAGACGCUUCUGGACUGCAUUCGCGACUGGCUGAGGGCCGGCCGGCACUGCGGAGGUGAAAAGACCAAAGUGCUGACGCUAAGCCAGGGCAAGGCGGGGCAGGACAAGGUAAUGGAAAUAGUCGCCCAGGCGCACGCAGCGUGGCAGCUGCUGCGUAGCGGGGAAGCUGAUAACGAGGACAUGGGCGACCUGCUGCUCUCGCCGAACCUGCUGCACCGGAAGCCCCAGUCCGGGCCUGCGGUUCGGAUCUUCGCCGAGUCGUACGCGACAGAUUCGGCGAAUAAGGACAAGGCUGUGAUUGAUGAGCAGGAUAUUAAGACGCUCGUGGCGCCGGUGUUUGGGAGUAGCUUUAUGAAACCGGGCGGCAGCGGGCAGGCAGGGCUGAAGAAGCUGGGCGGCAGCCAGACGGUCAGCCGGUUUCUCGGGCGCCUACGCCGGCCAUCCCAGGCAUUUGGCAGCGACGCGCUAAGGGGAUUAGACCUCUCCGCUAUCCAGCAGACCUUCUUUGACAACCCUCAGAUCUCCCAAGUUUCUAAAACUUCUCCGAAUUCGCAGGAUUCUCGGGAGUCUGAGGGUGUGGCGGGACCAGCUAAACUUGCGCCUGGACGGGCUGGGGGGAGGGGGGAUGGCGCAAAAAGGGGCGCAAGGGGUGGCGCAGCGGGGAGAGGGGACGGCGCAGGGGGUGGCGCAGGGGAGGGCGCAGGGGAGCGCGAGCAUGUCGUUUGGCCGGACCCGUAG